AUGGGGAAGAGCGCGCGUCUUGGCGGCUUCCUACUGCUGGUGUCGGCACUGGCGCUUGGUUAUACGUUCUGGGAAGAGCUGCAGAGCGCGCGUGAGAUGCUGCAGCUCACAUACGAGCACCGGUCGCUGAGCGCGGAGCGCGAUGCGCUACUUAAAAGCGUGACGGUGUACCGCAAUGGAUACUCGACCGGCGGCGUACAGAUGCAGCUGAGUGCAGAUGUACUAGCUUCUCGCACUGGUGAAGGAGAGCUAGCGGCGUAUUUAUCGCAGUUUGUAACAGUGGAAGGGCUUCACGAGUCCGUCGCAGAAGAAUUUGAGGAUGCAGACGAGAGCAAGGAAAAGGAAUACGACGUUCCUGGCGUCAUGGCCGACCGCGUGUUCAAUGGCCGAGGGGAGCUGCUGCAGAGCUACGCGGACAUUCUUUCGGGCGACCGACUGUAUCUCGUUGCUCCAGGGCUGCAUUUCGUGUGGCCUUUUGUGGAACUUGGCCACCGUGUGACGGUGACGUCCAAGGCCAGCCCGACCAAGGAGCCCGUAAUCAUCGAGUCCAUUUCAGAGUCUCCACGAACAUUCCGUCUGCACAAUUUUUUCAGUGGAGAGGAAGCUGACAAGCUGAUAAAGCGCACACUGGAAAUUGACGAUCCGAGCAACAAGCUCCAGCAGUCGACCGUGGGCGCAAAUGACAGCAAGAACAAGAAAAAGAAGUCCAAACACCGCACAAGCGAGAACGCUUUCGACACGGUCUCAGAGACUGCGAUUGCCAUUCGUAAGCGUGUGUUCGACGUGCUUGCACUUGGAGAGUUCAAGGAGGAGAUGGCGGAUGGGCUCCAGCUCCUGCGAUACCAACAGAAGCAGGCGUACAUUGCCCAUGAGGACUAUUUCCCGGCUGGCGCGGCCAAAGACUUCAACUUUGACCCGCACAAGGGAGGCUCCAACCGUUUUGCUACUGUCUUCCUGUAUCUAUCUGAUGUCCCGCAUGGUGGCCAGACUGUUUUUCCGCUGGCGGAGAUGCCUGAAGGUCUACCUGCCGAAUAUCAGCACCCACCGAACUCGGCUCAAGACUACGAGGCCGCUGGAGCGGAGCUGUUUGAGCCGGGCAGCUGGGAAAUGGAUAUGGUGCGGAAGUGCUCGACGAAGCUGGCUUCGUACCCGUCAAAAGGCGGUGCCGUGCUGUUCUACAGCCAGAAACCGAAUGGCGAGCUCGACCCCAUGUCACUGCAUGGAGGAUGCCCUGUGCUCGAGGGCACGAAGUGGGGUGCAAACCUCUGGGUCUGGAACCGACGUCGACACGGCCUGGAUUCCGUUGACACUUCAUGCACUGUGACCUUCUCGAAUCCGACGUCGCGCGAGGUGGGUCUGUAUUGGUCUGGCACGCUCAUGACUACGCUUAAAGCCAACGGCGGCAGCAUUGAGUACAACUCGUUCACGGGCCAUCAGUGGGUAAUUAAGGACGGUGAAGACAUCCUGCUGGAGUACCUGGUCGAUGCGGAGGACGGCAAAAAGCAGUCUGUUACUGUUCCGAUGGCUAAAGAGCACGCUGCUGCACCGUCGAAGGCUAGCACCGACGUCAAGGCGAAGGUGAAGGUGGAUACCAGCGAUAAAGUGGAGACUAGGGACGAGCUGUAA